AUGGAUAAUAAAAGAUGCACUUUGUUUAGGACCGGACAUAUUUUGGGAGGCUAUAUCUUUUCACUCUUCACCGCCUCUUAUUGUUCUUUCAUCAUGGCGGAACUGAUAGCGACUUUUUGUCAUUCCUUUCACUAUUUGUUGUGGCCUUUCGUCUGUUUUAGUCUGCUACUCUAUUUCUUCUUGUCCCACUGUCGCUUGGAUCAAUGGAGAAGCCAUUCCGACACCUGGAAUCAUUUGUUGGUCGUCACCGCUCACCCAGACGACGAAUGUAUGUUCUUUGCACCGAUGCUUUUGCAUUUCCGAAGAAGGAAGAAAAAUAUUUCUGUUCUCUGUCUUUCUACGGGAAAUUAUUACCAUCUUGGAAGUAAACGGAGGUUGGAAUUAGUGAAGAGUUGUAACAUUCUUGGAAUACCUGAGAAAAAUGUGACGGUAAUUGAUGAAAGUUGCUUUCCAGAUGAUCCCACUCGGAUUUGGAAUGAAGAACUGGUGGCUCGGACAAUUCUCCAACACAUUGAAGACAUCAGUCCAGACGUGCUUUUGACAUUUGAUCGAUACGGUGUCACUGGACAUAAUAACCAUAUAUCAGUAUAUUGCGGAUGUCGAAAAAUUCUUCAUGAUGGAAGAGUGCCAAAUGGCGUAGCUUUUCUUAGCCUAGAAACGACAAAUCCAUUGCGCAAGUACAUCUCAUUCUUGGAUGUACCAUUGUCGGUUCUUCUGGCUUCAAGAAUCUACAUUUCACCCCUCAGUGAUGUCAUUUGUGCACAGCGUGCAAUGUUUUUGCAUUGGACUCAGCUAACUUGGUACCGUAUGCUCUACAUAAUCUUCUCGCGUUACAUGCUCCUGAACACCGUGAACGAAUUCCAGCAAGUUGAAAACGUGCCCAGGUGA